AUACGAUGUCACAUAUAAAUAGUCAAUAGUCAAUAGUCAAUAGUUUGAUUCAUUCAAGAAAUAUAACAUAAUAUAAUAUGACUAAAACUCGUGACUCCAUUAUCAGUCGCCGGUUAUGUUAUGUCGUUUCUUCUCCACUAGAGUGCAGUCAACUGAAAUGAAUGGCUCAAAACGACCGGAAAUGACGAUGCGGAUGAAUUUCCGUGUUGUUAGCUUAGUCGAGCUAACUUAUUAUACUCAAGACAAACUUUUGUAACGGUUAGCUUUAUUUUUAAACCACUUACAAUCAACGCCGGGUCUUUUUCUUUCAAAUUCUCAACUUUAAUAUUUUUUUUUUAGUUGAGAAAUUGUGUGUUUAGUUCAGGCGUCGGCAGCAUGCGAGACAAUUAACGUGUAAAUAAGUGAAAGAUGUCUGCUGUCAUGUGAAGCUGCGGACGGACCGUCCUGUUAUCGGCGUUUCAAUGGGGAAAAGGAAAGACAUGAUUCACCCCAGGUUCCUUGGUGAAGGCGGCUCCAGCCUGCAUGGCAUCCACAAACGGAAACACAAAAAGCACAAGAAGCACAAGAGGAAGCACCACAGCUUCGCCGAGGCGCCGGAGCCCGUCGUGGUCCCUCGCCCUCCUCCGCAGCUCCGCCUCAAGAUCAAACUGGGAGGACAGACGCUGGGGACCAAGAGUGUUCCCACCUUCACCGUGCACCCCGGUGUGGCUUGUCCACCGUCUCCCUUGAUGAUUAUUAAUAAUGUUGAUGAUGACGAUGAUGAUGACGACGACGAUGAUGAUGAUGACGACGACGAAGAGCCCUCUGUGCCUUUGGAGCAGUAUCGUGCCUGGCUGGAUGAAGACAGUAACCUGGCCAGAUCCCCUCUGCCAGACAUAGACUCGGACUCCAUGCUGGGCGUGCCCGUGGACGAGGAGGAGAGGUGGCUGGACGCUCUGGAGAAGGGAGAGCUCGACGACAACGGGGAGCUGAAGAAGGAGGUGGACGAGUCUCUGCUCACAGCCAGACAGAAAGCCCUGCUCCACAAGCAGCAGUGCCAGCCUCUCCUGGAGCUCCCCAUGGGCUACAAGGAGAAAGAGAUGACCGCGGAGAUGAUGCAGAAGCGCGAGGAGCGAGCCCGGAAGAGACGCCUGCAGGCGGCCAAGAAGGCCGAAGACAGCAAGAACCAGACGAUCGAGAGGCUGACGAAAACCAGCAAGGCCAAGAUCAAGAGCAUGAGGGAGAGGAAGUCCAGGCAGAAUCAAUGUCCCAUGAUCCGGUACAGCGACUGCGCCCGGGGCUUGGCCAUCUCCUUCCCCGCAGGUGUCACCGCGCCGGCGCCAACGGCUCCCCGUCCUGCACCGGCCGCCCCGGUGACCUGCGGGGUCGGCGGCUGCUCCAACCUCAAGAAGUACUGCUGCUCGAAGACCGGCGUUCCUCUCUGCAGCCUCCGGUGUUACAAGACGAACCUGCUGCUCGUUCAGGGCGCCGCGUGAACUUUAACGGGACGAUUCAAUAUGGACCAAUAUGUAGAUUUGUUACAUCGGGAUUGAAACACUUUCUUUUUUUUAGGACAAAAUGUGGAUUUACUUUUUCUCGUCAUGCAUUCUGCAUGUAGCUGUGGCCUAUUAAUAAUAAUAAUGGUUUCCCAGCAGAGGUGCUGGUUACAAUUAAAUUAUGUACAUUAUAAAAUGUGAAGUAAAAACUAUAUUAUGAUU